GUUGUGAACACCGUCAGUCAAUGAUUCAAGCUUCGUAGUUUAAACUUUAGUUUGAAAGCGGCGUGAACACGGUCGCAGUUUGACGGGCGACCUUUGGAUUGUCGGCGCCGUUGUCAGUGUGAGAGACCCCGGGUGGGGAGGAGGAGGAGCGGCGAGGAGCGGUGAGCAAAGCAAGUGUAACUCCAGCUUCCAGGAAGAAGCAUCGCCGCCUGCUCCAGCGCUCUCGGCAGGGGACGAGGAGAGCCCGUCCACGGUCAUGGCUGCCCUCGGGAACUCGGCGGCCGUCUCCAGUCCCAUGGUGCUGCUGGCGCCGAAGACCAAAACCAAGAAGAAACACUUCGUGCAGCAGAAGGUGAAGGUGUUCCGGGCGAGCGACCCGGUCCUGAGCGUCUUCAUGUGGGGCGUCAACCACUCGAUCAAUGAUCUCAACCAGGUGCCUGUUCCCGUCAUGCUUCUACCGGAUGACUUCAAGGCCAACACCAAGAUCAAAGUCAACAACCACCUCUUCAACAAAGAAAACCUUCCAGGACACUUCAAGUUCAAAGAAUAUUGUCCUCAGGUCUUCAGAAAUUUGAGGGAACGAUUCGGUAUCGAGGAUCUGGACUAUCAGGUGUCGUUGACUCGCAGCCCCCCUCUGAGGAGCGUUGAGGACCAGGGAGAGGGUCUGCUCCUCAACUCCUACGACCGAACGCUGGUGGUCAAACAAAUUUCCAGCGAGGAUGUUGCAGACAUGCACAGCAUCCUGUCCGAGUAUCACCAGCACAUCGUGAAGUGUCACGGCAGCACCUUGCUGCCACAGUUCCUGGGUAUGUACCGGGUGAGCGUGGACAGCGAGGAGACCUACCUGAUCGUCAUGAGGAACAUGUUCAGCCACAGACUGGUGGUGCACAGGAAGUACGACCUGAAGGGCUCUCUGGUGGCUCGUGAAGCAAGUGACAAAGAACGGGGCAAAGAGCUUCCUACCUUCAAAGACAUGGACUUCAGGAACAACAUGCAGAAAGUUUACGUCACCGAUGAGCAGAAGGAGAAGUUCAUGGAGAAGCUGAACAGAGAUGUGGAGUUUCUGGUGAAGCUGAAGAUCAUGGACUACAGCCUGCUGCUCGGUAUCCACGACGUGGGCCGAGCCGAACGGGACGAGGAUGAGGGCGAGGAGGUUUCCAACGAGGAGGAAGCAGAAGCGGAGAACGGCCUAGCUCUGGGCCCAGCGGUGGGGUCCUACGGCACGUCUCCGGAGGGAAUCGCCGGUUACAUGUCCUGCUGCAAACCCCUGGGGCCCGGAGAGUUCGACCCCUACGUGGACGUGUACGCGAUCAGGAGCUGCUCGGGAGCGCCUCAGAGGGAGGUUUAUUUCAUGGGCCUGAUUGAUGUCCUCACUCAGUACGACACCAAGAAGAAAGCCGCUCAUGCGGCAAAAACUGUCAAACACGGGGCUGGCGCUGAAAUCUCCACAGUCCACCCCGAGCAGUACGCCAAGCGAUUCCGCGACUUCAUUUCAAACAUCUUUGCGUAACGCUCGCUCGCGAACGCUGCCACGAAAUCGAUCCAGCUCGAGAGCUAGAAGUCACUGACUAAAAAAAAAUUGUACGCACACACGGACUGUUAUUCAAAACGAGCGCUCCGAGGCGUGACUACAAAUUUACGUCGCAGCAAUAUAAUGUACUACUUCUGAUGCAUAUAUUUAUUUUUAAGAUUUAAAAUGCGUUUUCUUAUAAAUGUUGAGCAAUCUUAAUGGAUUCACUCUGGAGCAAUGGGGUACUUGGGAAAACAAACUGCAAUUGAUCAGUGUUCAUACAUCAGUGAUAGAUCAAAUAUCGUUGUAUUUCUUACUCUUUCACUUUACUCUGGUUCCCCAGAGAGGAAUUAAACUUCGAUGAGACGGAUUUGGAAAUAACACGUAUUCACACUCUUGUAGAGAGUUAGAAGAGAAGAUUGAUGCCACUGUGAAGCUGCAGCCACACCUGUUACAACUUAACUUAGCAGACAGACUGAAAACGGCGAACCUGACUGUAGCCUGGCUCGUCUAAAUCUCACCUCCUGCAUCCCGCAAAAAAAAGAGUCUUUGACAUGACUCACUGUAAAACCCCAAAUGUUUAGUUAUAAAUAAAUCACAUACAGCAUGUUGAUUAGUGAAGUUUAAAGGUGACUAGCUGUGUCCACCUGUUUCCAGUUCUUUAUGCUAAGCUAACCCUCUGCUGGCCGAGAUGAGAACUCGCCCCUUCGAUGCAGCAGACCCAGAGAUGUUGACACUUCUUCCUGGUCACUCCUCGCUGCCUACAUUACCCAGAGUGCAACUCGACCACUGCCAGUUCAGUCAGAGAUCUGGGUGUGUCGCGCGAGUAGUGGCUGAUGUAGCCUCGAGCCGUGAGCAGAAAUGAGGAGCAGUGGGCUGCAGAGGUUUGGUAAUCUCGCUACAUUUUAACUUCACAUGCCCUGAUUGUUUUUGUUUUUUUAAUUGUCAAAUUUGUACUCUUCAGACUUGACUCUGACGUGUGAACAACUGAGUGCAGCACUCUGAAUGUCUUCCAGAAGAGCUCAGUCAUUCCCAUAAUUAAACAACUUCACAUGUCUUUGACGGCUGACCUUCUCGCUCGUUGUUGGGAACUGCUACAAACACAUGUCACACAAACUGGUUCUUAUCUAGUGUAACCCUGCUCUUGUCAAUCUUCUCCUCUAACUCAGCAAGAAAGUGAAUAAGUCCCAAAAUGUCUAACUGAAUCUUCAAUGGAGAUAGGUAUUACGAGUAGUAUAGAUAUAUAUAUAUAUAUACCUGUCUAGUAUGAUAUCAUUUAUCUUCAGAAGCAGGCCAUUUGAAUGUUCCAAGUGCCAAACGUAUGGGAACAAAGCUUUAUCAAAGCAGGAUUUGCACUUGUCAUAAAAUUAAAAAUUGAAUCUGGUGAAAAAAAACACACAAUUUGAAUGGAUCAAAUAAUGUUUUCUACCAGAAGUCUCAACUAAAUUUGGAAGAGUGUGCAGUAACAGUAAGUGUGAGGCGUUUGAUCAGAAAACAUAUCUUCUUAUUUACCCCGCAAAGACUUUUUACCAGCCCUGCUGCUGUCGGCUGCCACGGAGGCCGAGCGGCGGCGGAGCUCGGAGCAUUUCCUCCUCCCACAGACGACGUGACCAGGAUGAGUCCUGCCUUUUUUUUUUUGAAAUACAUAAAGUGUGUCGUCGAUGUGUCAUGCGACUUCAAAACACUUCCUGAAUAUGAGCCCAUCCAUCACUUUAUCCUCCUCCUUUUUGAACAGGCCGUAGGGUUUUGGGGUUUUUUUUUAAAUGGAAAAUGUGCGCUAAUGUGAAUCAUUGUCAUAUGAUACGAUUUAGAAGAAAAGGACAUAGCAAUAGAAGCAGGAAACUGUUGUCUGUGUAAGGUAAUGAUUUAGUGAUAACCAGGGUAAUGUGUUCAAUACUUUGACAAUAACACUACUGUUUGAGUAGCGUGUGCAGUUUGGCCUUAACGCGGUGACAUGAUAGUGUUCCUGAACACUUGCGAGGCGACGUCGAUACAGUAAGAACUCUGUAUGAUGCCUCAUCCACUCCACGAUUGCACAUGUUGUAUUUUUUUUGCAAAUCAGCUUUUGGACCAAAAUAUAUUUUAUGAAGAAUU